AUGGCGAAUCAUUGUUGCCUUAAUGUCAAAUUUCUCAUUGGCCCUCACGUAUGCAUCCAUCGCAGAGGUCAUAUCAAAGCUGUGUGGGCAAGUGGUUAUCCGCACGGUGCGGUGUUCUAUUUGGACCCGGAGAACAACGGCACCGCAGCAGCAGAUUCAACGAAUCCCUCCACCUGGUCGAUGGAAUCCAUUGCAAAACCACAUCGCCUUCGUAUCGUGCCAAUUCCCCCGGACGAAAAACCCAGUCCCCAGCCUACUUCCUCCUCGUCGGACAUAAUCGACCGGUCCGAGAGAACAGCCCACUCGACCACGAUCAACACCACAACCAUCUGGGACAACAAAACAGUCAACGAAUUUCCCAUACGGAUUCUCACAGAUCCUGGUCGAAUUCGUCACCGUAGGGGUUAG